GGCCGAGGCUUCAUGAAUACUUUGGACAAAAUAAAGUUCCCAGUCAUUCCGCCACCAAGAAUCAAUUUGUCCCUUCGGAAAAAACUUUAUUAAAAGGGAAUCCAUAUCCACAUCAGCCAGAAUUCAGCCAGAAUUCACCCAUAAUUCUUUCUAUUGAUAUAUUCACCAUAAUAUACCAUCGAUACCGUCAAGUCGAAUAAUAAGAGAAGCUACUACAGCAAUAAUCACUUCGAAGCAGACACACAACUUUGACGCCAAUCCUUAUUUAAGAAGAAGCACAAUCUAUUGGAUCAUUUCUUACAUCAUACCAUAUCAUUGUGGAAUCAAUUGACAAACUCAAAAAGUUGGACUGACACACAAAUCAACAAGUCCAGCUUUGCCUUCGCCUCCUUAUUUUCAACGCUUUCUCGGCAUUCAUACUCGCACAUUCAGUAUAUGAUCCGUCGUCCAUCGAUUCUACUUCGAACAAUGUCGCGUCCUCAAGUUCACAGAAUGGCUACUACAUCGCAUUGUAUACCACAAGAGCCACAGCCUGAGUCACCCCGCUCCCAGGUAUCUCAGGUUCCGGCUCUUACCUAUUCAUCAUCAUCGUCUUCCGACCUCGAACCCGAAGAGAUCGAGCCACGCCGUCGUCGGGCUUCGACUGUACUCAUUUCACAAAAUGCUACCGAUAUGCAAAGAAUUAUCGGAAAUGCGGGCACAAAAUUGGUGGAAAAAUGCUGCGGCGGAGGUUGUUGCAUGGCCAUUACCAAAACUGAUGGCCUCACUUACGAAAGACCAAGAUUGCCAGACAACGAUGCUUACAGGAGCUUGGCAUUGAAGAUCGAAACCAUUCCUACACGAUUGACAAGUCUGCCAGAUCUGCCAAAGAAAAACAUGGAGAUUCUCCCUCUGGGAAAGGAAAAAGCCUUGGAUAUUGUCAAAGGCAUGGAAUCUUUGAAUGUCAAUGAGAACAGAGGGGCAGUCACAGUCGAGCCUCCUAUGGACGCCGCAGAUGCAGCAGGCAUUCAAAAGGUCAUCUCCCAUAAGGACUCUGGAAUUAGUAUGGAAAAUGAUUCAAUUGACUUCACACCACAUCAUGCGAAGUUAGAUGUCGAUACCAAAGUUCAACCACCUUCAUUCGUUCAGCCACAUCCACCUUACGAAGUCUAUUCCGCGAGAAUUUUCAAUGCCAGAGAAUUGACCAGGCCUGGUGCUGAAAAAAGAACAUAUCACUUUGAUUUGGACGUUACCGAUUAUCCUGAGGAGGGUGGCGUUGAUUUCAAGGUUGGUGGUGCAAUUGGUGUCAUGGCACCAAAUGAAGAAUCAAUGGUCGAAGAAAUGAUGGAUUUGUUAUCUAUUCCAAGACAUCUUCGUGAUCGAAAGAUUCUAUUGAAGACACAUUCUGGAAGAUGGCCUACAAUCUGGGGAGACGAUAAGCCAAGAGAAUUAAUCACAACCAGACGUGAUUUGUUGACUUGGUGUUCUGACAUUCAAUCAUAUCCUCCAAACAAGAAGAUUUUACGAAUCCUUGCCGAAUAUGCUACCGACCCAGAAGAGAAGAAGAUUUUAUUAUAUCUGUGUUCUGGAGAAGGACAAGGUGCAUUCUGCGAUUUCCGAACUGGUCCACACAUCACCAUCCCUCAACUCCUUCACGCAUUCCCUUCUAGUAAACCGCCUCUCGAUCAUCUUCUCUCAGAGCUCGAAACAUUAAGGCCUCGAUUCUAUUCAAUGUCCAAUGAUCCUCAGGAGAACUGUGUACCAGUCGAAGGAUGUAGCCGACUUAUCGAGAUCGCAGUCACUGUCCACGAAACCAAUCAUUGGAAGGAUGGAAAUCGAAUUGGUCUGGGGUCAGGAUUCUUUGAGCGACAAGCAAGAAAAUUCAUCGAAGCUGAAAAGAGAGGAGAAAAGAUUAACGUCCGAAUUCCAAUGUUUAAAGGAUUAAUGGCCAAUCCUUUGGCUAGGGAAUUUGUUUCCGACGGACCUAUGCUUUUGAUUGGUGCGGGUGUAGGAGUUGCACCCUUCCGAGGAUUUGUUCAACGUCGUCUCAAAAAUGCCAAUUGCGCCAACAAAGUUUGGGUUCUUCAAGGAGUCAGAGAUUCUCUUCUUGAUGAAUUGUAUUCUGGUGAAUGGGGUGUUCAUGAAUCGGAAGUCAAGAAAGUUGUUCAGAGUCGAAGACCUGGUAGUAAGCAAAAGGGCAAAUAUGUUCAAGAUGAGGUUAGACAUCAAGGAGAUUUGGUCUGGUUCAUCAUCAAUGCUUUGGAUGGUCGAGUUUUUGUUUGUGGAAGUAGUAAAGGAAUGGGUGAAGGUGUUGAGGAAGCUCUUGUGGAUGUUGCCAUGGAGAAGGGCAAUCUGGAUAGGGAAGAAGCAAAGAACUUCUGGAAGUUGAAGAAUGAAGCUGGGCAAUACAUUGCCGAGACUUGGUGAUCGGGUUUCACUUUAUUAUUCUUUCUUUUGCUUGAGUCUAGGGUUCCUAUAUACCAAAGAUGGGAUUACGAUGCGAAUGAGUCAAGGAUUGUAAAUACGCAGUGGACUUUCGAUAUCGUUCGCCAUAUUUGGACUGUAUUAUACGCAUGUUCAAUGGGUGGAGAGCUGUCUUGCUUUUAUGCAAUGAAUGGGGGAUUCUUUGGUUGAACAUUUUGCAUAUGGGAUAUUGACUAGGUAAAUUUUGGUUGUCAAUAGGGCGUUGAGCGGUGUUAAGGCUGGCGCAAUGGGAUAUGAGAACAACAGCAAAAGAACAAUCCAAGCAAUUGGGGUUAUCUUGAUGGGAGCUACAUGAUGGGAUUGUGAAUGCUAGACAGCGAGUAGAUACUGCUGUGCAAAUGAGCGUGUGGGAGGGAUACCGUGCCAUACAGAUAGCUUAUAAAUGAAAAGAUUUAAAAAUCAUAGUCGUA